AUGGAGUUCUCUUCGCCGCUCGCUGCUCUACGCCCGCAGCCGUACCAAUCUUGGGCUUUUGGAAAUGACUUUCCAGCUUCCAGGACCAUGUAUGGUGGUUGUGGCGUUGUCAACUUCGAUUUCCGCAACAUGAGCAUGCACCAGAAGCCUCUAAGACAGGACUACUUCACCACGCGACCUGUCCGCGGCUCGUCACCGACUGCUACUCUUACAGCGGAUCUCAGUGCUAACUUCCACAUCGAUCAAAGCCCACAAGCACCUACGCCUCGGAGGUCGCUCUUCACAAGUGAUCUGCUCAAUCAGCGUACAGAGAACCAUGGUCAACUCGACACUCCGCCGAUUGCGAUCGAACCUGCCAUGACUCCCCCGAUUCCUUCUUCAUCUCCCUACUUCGACUCUAUGGACAUCUCGCCCCUGCCGCACAAGCUUCCCCACUUUGUCGCUCAGAUCACCCUUCCUUCGCCGACGCCGGAUUGCAUGGACUUCCCGCUACUGGACCCGACGGAGACGCCGAACAUGCUACCUGUACAGCCUCCGCCGUUCCUCCAGCUUCCUGAACGGAGACGACCUGUCACACGACCUUCUCUCUCACGACCGAAGGCUGCUUCUGCCAACAACAUUCUCCUCAGACCAAGUAGCGCUGAAACACAGGUCUCGCCUUUCCGCUUCGGCAAUGUCGCAUCCAGUGGCUCAUCAAGUCCAUCGAUGCCUAUUGUGCUAGACAGCUUCACUGAAUCGCCUGUUGACGACCUCGUUCAGACGUCGAACAUCGGCUCUAUGCUCCCGCCACCGCGCCGACCUACAGUUGGCACCUCGAGUCGGUGCAAUGGCUCGCCUUCAUCCGGACACAUUCGCAAGCCUUCUGGUGGCAGACCUGCUUUCGUACGACCUCAGAGGAAAUUGAUCCGGAGAUCCUUGAGCAUGUUCCAGCAUCCCACUGACGUUAUGAAGGAGGAGCAGGCUGCCUUCGAGCGCCAGCCUAGUAUGCCCUCCUCCAUCAUGGACAUUCAGCAAGAAUAUGUUCCCAAAUUGCCGAGCUUUGUUCCUGAAGGCGAGCCAGACAGCCUUCCUCGCAUCACCCCCGAGACGAUGGCGGAUGUGCUCGAUGGUAAAUUCAGCGCUCAGUUCGCUCAGACUCGCGUUAUUGACUGCCGCUUUGAAUAUGAAUACAACGGUGGUCACAUCACCGUUGCAGAAAACCACAAUGACAAGGAGCAUCUGGCAGCAAAGCUCUUCGAUGGCACGAUGCCAGCAAACUCCCUCCUCAUCUUUCACUGCGAAUACUCCGUCCACCGCGCACCGCUCUCUGCCAAGUUCAUCCGCAACCACGAUCGCAAGGUCAACGCUGCCCAAUACCCCUUGCUCACUCACCAAGAAAUGUACGUCCUCGAUGGCGGCUACAAGGGCUUCUACGAGCGCUUCCCAGAGAAGUGCGAAGGCUCAUACGUGGAGAUGAACGACGAACGUCACGAACUCGCCUGCGAGCGAGGCAUGGCCAAGGUCAAAUCUCAACGCCAAAAGCUCUUCCGACACUCGACCUUCGCGUUUGGUGACACCGCCGGUCACGAUGCCGAGAUGGAAGAUUCACCUUCGGCACCCAGCGGUGCUGCUGGUCGCAUGGCAUUUCGGAGUCACAGCUCGUUCGAAAUGGGCUCAUCGCCAUCCUCUUUUGACAGCUUAGCUGUCGCAUCGCCGCUGGGAAAUCCCUUCCAGCGACGCUUGGCAUCAUACUAA